AUGAAACAGGAUUAUAAUGAGAUCAAAAACCAAUUUUUGGAAGCUAAUAAAAUUAAACCUGUUGUCGGAUUGGAAAAUUUAAAUAUGUUACAAAGGCUCAUUAUAAAUAACAACUGUGAUUUAAUCUUAGAACGAAAGAAAGAAAGCAUUAGCAGAUUCGCUUUACAAGAAUGCUACACCAAAAGGUUUGGAUCUUUAUAA